GACAAUUCAUACACAUAACAUAACAUCGCCGCACAUACGAGCUUAUAUUGAUUUCGUGUUUCGAAAACAUUUCAGUUCUGACAUGAACAUUGAUUCGCAAUUAAUCAAGAAAGGAGGGUGAUAUUAUCCAAAUGAAAUCGAUUAAUCCAACCGUCUGCAAUAGAGCCGUGGAAGUUCAUCCCAUGUAUCUUGUCGUUUUUCAAUUUACCAAUUUACCAAUUUACCCCGAUCUUCUCGAGCUCUACGAGUGAAGAGAUUCAUUCAUUCAGUCAGUCAGUCAGUCAGUCAUUCAUUCAGUCAUUCAUUCAUUCGUCCAUCCAUCCACCCUUCCACCCAUCCAUCCAUCCAUCCAUCCAUACAUGCCCAUUACCUGGGUAUCUAUGGAAAACGCCCUCACACCCCAGAUUUUGCCGCAUCUUAGCACACCUGGCGAUUACUUCUUAUUACACCAUUAUUGCUCCGUACGGGAUACGGAUAUUACGCGCAAGAGAAGGAGAAGGAGAAGGAGAGACAGAUCCUAGACUUUGGAAUAUCAUCUGAGACUUGAGCAAAAGCAGUUCGAGUUUGAUAUUCCCCCUUCAAACUCAAAACAUAUUCCCUCCUCGGGGCAAAACUUCACUCAUAAAACAAACUGCUAAAUAGUCCGACAUCCAAUUCUCGAAACGUCCGAACAUUCAAAGAUCCAAACAUCCAAACAUCCAAACAUCCAAACAUCCAAACAUCCAAACAUCCAAACAUCCAAACAUCCAAACACCACACCCAGACGCCAAAGUAACCAUGUCCUGGCAUCCGAGACCAUAAAUCCAAUUAGAAAAAUCCUUGAUCCUCCCUUGAUCCCCACAGCAUGUAACAAUCCGCAAAAUCAACAUUGCUGCCACUUACCGACAAACCUUGACAGGGAAAAGGUCUCAAACCCUCUCCGGUUUGUGCUGCGGAUUUACCCAAGGAAGGGGAUUAAGGGUUUGAUUAUUAUUAAAUUACUGCACAGUCUCUUGGGUCCGGAAAGAUACGAUUCGAUUCGAUUCGAAUCAUUCGAUUCGAUACACGGGUUCUUACUGCACCACACCAAACACACUAAGAUACAUUUCUAAUACCCGCCAUGGAUCAAGUUGGUGCAGGCGGUUUCCCUGCGCGCACUACUUCAAAAAGAUCCAAAUCCUCGACGCCUUUGCGAACAGGUUCACAACGAUUUCAACGCAGCGCUCGAACUUUAUCGGUUUCCCCUCCAUCUGCCGGCCCUUCUGAAACUUUUGGUCUGCGUUCACGUCCUGGAUUGGGCUCGCGAACGUCCUCGGCGCCAUUUGUCCCUCUUAGCAGCGGCGGUGGUGGUGGUAGUCUAGGUUCGCCCAGAUUUUCGACUCCGAUAGAGGACGAUACGGAAGAAGCAUUGGACCUUCACGCGCGAAGUUACCGGGAUUCUGUUGCAUCCAUCAAAGACGAUCCUUUCUUCAGAAAUUAUCAAUCGCCUCAUUCGGUCUCUUUAGCAAGAGAAUUGAGGUCUGUAAUAUACUCUGAUCGAUCGCACGAUGACGACGCACUCAAAAAUCCACCACCGCGAUCCAACAAGAGACCUUCCGUAGAAAGUUCAGCCAGUCUAAUACCGCCUCAAUCUAGGAGCGGAAUGUCAGACAUUAAUAUUGCAGUGAUUGGGAGUAAUGGCGUGGGAAAGAGCACUUUGAUACAGCGCGCAUUGGGUUUACGAUCAUUGCCAAAUUCCAUCGCAUCGAGUCUUCGCAUGACGGUUGAUGAGGUGGGAUACAUAGUCAGUCUGAUUGAGCUGGAUCUCGAAUCGUUUGAUAUAGUACCUGAUCGUCGCAUACAAUGGCCAAAACAAAUAAACGGACAUAUCGUCCCACGCAUGGACGGUGCACUAUUACUAUACGAUGUCAUGAAUCGGGAGAGCAUUACAGAAUUACCCCAGACUUUAAAUGCAUUGGUGAAUUUGGGUCUUCCUACUAUCCUCGUCUCAUGUAAAUGCGACAACCCUGAGCACACUCGUCAACUUAAUGUCGAUAGUCUCGAAACAGCAUGUAUGUCAUGUGUAGAAUCUGUCAAAACUGCAGCAAAUGUUCCUGAGAGUGCAAGACUUUGUCUUUCUUCCAUGCUUCGAGCCGUAAUGGCAAAUCGAAGCAAUAAUCACAAUAAAGACGUUACUUCAAUACAACCUCAAGGUACACGCCGUCGAGCAACCUCUUCUGCCAAUAUUGACAAGUUAUCCGAACCCACCAUUCCUCGACCUUUGAGUCAGCAAUCUAAGCAUAGUCGUGCUAGCUCAGAAUUUUCCAUUGGCCGAGCUCUUCCUUCCCCGCCAUUGGCUGGUCGAUCCAACGGCCGAACAAAUUUGUCACACCAAAUCAUGCUUCCCGACCCACAUGAUGCCCCCCCUCUCUCUGCUCAUCCAGCUUUCCGAAGUGAAAAUCACCUGGACAAUUCCGGCGUUAUCCCCAGAUUGCCCCCCGGACCAAAGGAAUUAGAUGCAGACUCACCAUACCGAUACUCCGAUGACAUACCACUUCUCCAGCGUAGUGACGAUACUUUCUUCGACAAACCUACUAAAGUGGCUGGCGUCACUUUUGAUGAUCUUGUCGAUCGACUUCUUGGGCAGCAAAUGUCAAAAGCCGACGUCAACUUCUCGGAAAUCUUUCUCUGUCUUUAUAGAAAAUUUGCAGCUCCUGGUGAACUCUUCGAUGCAGUGUUAAGCCGGUUAACUCGUUUAGGAGAGGACAAAAAUAUCCAUUAUCUGACACGGACAACAACUCAACUUCGGAUAAUUACCGUGGUUGCUAAAUGGGUAUCGGGAUAUCCGGGUGAUUUUGCAAGUCUCUCAACAAGUCGCAAGCUAGAUGGGUUCAUAAAUCAAUUAGCUUCGGAUCCAGUCUUUGCUGCCGCCGCGCAGGAAAUGCGGGCCCAACUUCAAUCUCGUGUAGUGGAGGAUGACGAUACAGGCUGGGCUAGGACAGAUGCCGAUGUUGAUAAUGAACAAGCUAACGAAUCAGCACCCGUCUCUCCUACGACCACAAGAGCCGAUUCCAAAGGAGGCUAUGAAACGGAUGUAACCACAUUAGCACCAGAAGACGACUUGAGUGACAUGGAGUUAAAAGGGUCUAGAGGAGAAUCUUUAUUCUCGGCUCGAACGUCUCAACCGGACUUCAGUGCACCUGCAUUUCUUGCAGUCGAAGACUACGAGAAAGAGGCUGCAAAAUUGACACCUAAAGGCAUUCUACCAUUAUCUAAAGACAGAUAUCACAUGUUCAUGGAAAUAUCAAAUGCCGACCUUGCUGAUGAAAUGACAAGGAUAGACUGGGUUAUGUUUUCUUCCAUACGUCUUCGAGAUUUGGUUCGACAUGUUAGCCUGUCACUUAACCAGAAGGAAAAAUGUAAAAGUCUUGCCAAUGUGAAUCGCAUGAUAAAUCAUUUCAACCAUAUUGCAAAAUGGGUUGCUAAUAUGAUUCUGAUGCGAGACAAAGCCAAGCACAGAGCGCAAAUAUUAGAGAAAUUCAUGAACAUAGCCCUGAGGCUGCGCCAGCUGAAUAAUUAUAACGGUCUUGCAGCUGUUCUUGCAGGAAUCAAUGGAACCGCUAUACACCGCCUUACUCAGACUCGAAACCUUGUUCCUGCAGAUGUCCAAAAGCGUUUUGCUCGUCUAGUCCUGCUGAUGGGUACACAAAAGAGUCAUUUUGCAUACCGUUUGGCUUGGGAGAACUCUCCACUGCCUCGUAUUCCUUUUAUUCCAUUGACUCGACGUGAUCUUGUUUCAGCUGAGGAGGGAAGUCGAACCUUCGUUGGGGCAAAUGGAGAGAGGAUCAACUGGAAGAAAUUCGAGGUUUUGUCCGAGGUCAUCUUACCCAUUAUGAAGAGUCAAACUGAGCCAUAUCCAAAACUUAUCUAUAAUGAUAAGGUAAGAGAACUCAUUCUGGAUUGUCUCAUCCCUACAGAUGAUGAGGAUAUAUACCAAAGAAGUCUCCAAGUAGAGUCGGCGUCAGGAGCUGCAGAACCUGUAAAGAAAAAGUUUCCGUGGUUCUCGAAGGAUAAAUAAAGAGUAUAUUAUUGUUAAACAUAAAUAUGGGAUAAGGAUAAGUGAUUUGGGCAUCUGCUACAUAUUAUUGUAUUGCGAUUUUGGUUCUAGUUCUGCUGGCUGGAAAAGCAAAGAAAGCAUUGAGCGUUCGGCGUCUUGUAAUUUUGGUUAUUUGUUGUUGUAUUUAAGGACAUACCCCUUCCUUCUUAAAUGAAAGUCGAGCAAUGAAUAUGAUGUUUUGUAACAUUAUAUAGAGAUA